AUGGUCUUCGGCCGCAAGUGGAGGGAAUAUGCGACGGCACUGAGUGCGACCUUGAUCACGGCGGCGGCGGGAACUACAGUGGGAUGGACAUCUCCUACGCUCCCGAAACUACAGGACAAAGACUCUCCUAUUCCAACAACGCCGGAUCAGAGUUCAUGGAUUGCCUCUCUAAUGAUAUUAAGUUCAGCAUUAAGCCCCAUCCCGGCAUCGUACCUGGCAGACAGAAUCGGCACAAAAAAGACGUUGCUCCUCGCCGCAAUUCCUUACAUCCUGGGCUGGAUCCUGGUGAUGCUCGCGACCAACGUCCCUACAAUAUACGCAGCUCGGCUCAUAUCGGGUUUAGGUUACGGCAUCGCAUACACAACAGCUCCUAUGUACCUCGGUGAAAUUGCAUCGAAUGAGGUACGAGGGGCUAUGGCUACCCUCAUCACAGUAAUGUCUAAGUUUGGGAUCCUGUCACAAUACUGCAUUGGGCCCUACGUAUCUAUGUUAGGACUGGCGAGUUUCAACAUUGCCAUACCUAUACUGUUCGUCGUAACCUUUAGUGCUAUGCCGGAGUCGCCAUACUAUUACCUCAAAUCCGGGCAAUCACAUUUAGCUGAGAGAUCUCUAAAAAAGCUUCGAGGCCGUGAUUACAUGAUGGAAGAAUUAGAUAGUAUGACUCACCUUGUCAAUGAGAAUAUGAAGGAAAAGAGUCGUUGGAAGGAUCUUGUCACCGUAGGUGGUAAUAAAAGAGGACUGAUAAUUUUGCUAGGGAUAUAUUUUACCCAGCAAUUUUGUGGCAGUACCGCGAUAAUAUCGUACGCGGAACAAAUAUUUGGAGCUGCGGAGGGCGGUUUAGGCGCUCGAGAAUCGUGUAUCGUGGUUGGUUCGGUCCAAUUACUAACUUCCGCAAUUUCAUCGCAAUUAGUUGAUAGAUUAGGAAGAAAACCUUUACUUUUAGUUUCAUCUUGCGGCGUUGGCCUAGCUAAUGUUAUUAUAGGAGCGUACUUUUUUAUGAAAUAUGCAAACAGUGAGUACAUUGUUAACUUAAAAUUCAUUCCUGUUGUUGUGAUACCAAUAUUCAUAUUUUCCUACACUAUAGGCCUGGCGACAGUUCCGUUUGCUAUAACAUCAGAAAUAUUUCCGACUCACAUAAAGUCAAAGGCCACAUGUAUAAUUCAAAUAUGUGUUGCCUUGAUGACAUUUGCAGUUACUAAGUUAUAUCAAGUGAUCGCGGAUAACUUAGGUACAUAUGUCGCAUUCUGGAGUUUCGCCUUGCUGUCGGUCGGUGGCGUUAUAUUUAUAUUAAUGCUACUUCCUGAAACUAAAGGGCAAUCGUUCGCUGCCAUUCAAGAGAGGUUAUACUGUAGCGAUAAAGUUGUGUAUGAAAAGAGGGACGGCGGUGUUGCAAGGGUACGGAUAAAUUUAUGA